UUCCUUUUCACUUCCGGACCUCUGGGUUGAGAAACGCUGUGGAAUAUCGGAGAGCUUCGGUAAAGCUAAUCACACUGUAGAGCCGCUCCUGAAGUUCAGCUCCUGGUGAAUUUAUCCUGGAGUUGUUCCACACACCUUAGCGUGGCUGCUGGUAUUCUAGAAGAGCCAGCUAAAGACUCCAGUGGUUGCAUCAUUUUUGCUUUUUUAUUUCCGGACUAAAUUUCAAGAGAUCUGCAGGAGCUGCAGAACACCCACAGUGCUCAGACUGCUGCCCGUGCAGAGCCUGGCAUCACAGGUGUUGGAGCAUCUUCCCUCCCUUCCUCCUACGGAAACUCUCCCUGCAGGCAGAAGCACUGGGGCACUCGGCCAUCCGCGGGCUCUGUAAGCAAAGAACAGGCUGUUCCUGCUGCCACCCAUCUCUGAACCCCUGGAAUGGAGGAUGGGCACAGGAACGAUGCCACAAUUCAGGCAAGGACACCCCACUAAACAGAAAACCUUCUUCUGGGUUCGGCAGUGAGUCGAACUGCUCCUUGGAAAUUUUGGGUUUAGUUCAUUAACAACAGGAUUUCCCUCACCAAAGAGAAUGGAUUACAAAACAUUACCUAUGGAUGAAUGGGAUGAGAACCAUGUCAAAUGUUGGCUGGAAUCUAUUGGAAUCAAGAAGGAGUAUGUAGAUAAACUAUAUGCAAAAGAAGUGACUGGUCCAGCACUGAAGGACCUGGAUGAGUCUUCCCUUAAAAACAUAGGAAUGAAGAAAGACCAAAUCAAUACCUUAAUUCAAAAGAGAAAUGAACUUCUGCAGCCCCAGAACAAUGCACAGCAAGCUGAUGGCUCCAGCAGUAAAACAUCCAACAGGACCGAUGCACAAACAGGCCCAGCCAGAGCCAGCAAUGCCCCUGCUCAGGGCACAGCCAGUAGAGGCUGCUCUGGUGCUGUGGGUACAACCAGCAGCGAGAACACAGCUCCUACUUCUGGUAAGAAGCAAAAAGGCAGCAAGAAAUCCCAGCUUCAAAGUGCUGAUGAAGCUUUAGAACUUAGAAACUGUCGGCCAUUUAGAAGUCAGGAUAUUGAUUUCAAAUAUGUGAAAGACACAGUUCUUGCUCCAGAAUCAGGAGUCAGUGAUUUAAUCAUGCCUUGCCAUGAAUACAAAUCUUUUGCCAUUGCUGCAGAACUGAACAGAGAUCAACUGCAAUCAAAAUUUGCCUCUGAAGUGAUACGUUUUGCUUCAGCCUGCAUGAACAUUCGAACAAAUGGCACCAUCCAUUUUGGUGUCAUGGACAGUGUGGAGGACAACGCCUGGAAACAUGGACAGAUCGUUGGCGUGAAGGUCAAAAACCGAGAAGACUUUGUUGAUGCAUUGGAUUAUAUAGACAGGUGCUUUUGCAAUAAUUUACAAGAAAUUGCAUGGAAAUGUAUUCACCCACCUGUGUUUGUUGAAGUGAUUUCGAAAGACUCUCAGGAACAAAGAUUUGUAGUGGAGGUUGACAUUGAACCAACAUACAGCUUGGUAAAGAACAAUUGUUUUGAAGUUUAUUUGCCCAAAUACAACGAAAGCAGUCGGAAGGUGAUCCUGACCAAAGAACCAGCUCUCUACCAGAGAUUAGGGGCAAAGUCUGAACCUGUGCAGCGCAACAAUCUUCUUGCUUUCAUUCAAGCUAUGCAAGACAGGGAUGCUCAGAGAGAGAGAGCUGAGCUCUCCAGCACACAAGUACCUACAGAAAUACCUCAAGAUUUAGGAAGAAAGUUAUCAAUUCUAUUGAAUGAUGGCAAAAGCUACAUGGAUGAUUCUCUACGGUACAUCCUUGUCACAAACAGAUGUGAACAGGAUAAUCUGAACCACAUCAACUUUUUAAUGCACCUGAACAUUUUCUGUGUCUUUGACUUUGAUGAAGAUUCUAAUGUGUCAGGGCUGUACAGUAAAUACAAAGAGCACCAUGAAACAAGUUCUUAUUUUUUACAGGAUUUUUCCAAAGAAAUUAAGACUGAUAAUUCUCCCUCUCAGAAAUUGUUUCAUCAGACCAGCUGGAUAUUCUGCAAUGGGCGCAGUGACUUCCUUGGGGAUGAAAAACCUUGCGAUGAGAAUACAUGGAUUAGAACCAAAAAAAAAUACCUGAAGAAAGUAAUUACUUGUAUCUGUGAGGAAAUUCUGCCGGAGGGCUCUUUCAUUGUGCUUUUUCUAUUGCUAUCAUCAGUGCAGAAACCACUUGUGGACACUUUUCAGGAAUUCUAUACAGAGAUGAAUGGCAUGGAGUACAUCAUCUGCAUUACAGAGUCCAGAGAAAAUUACAGAAAUUGGGCUAAUCUACUUCAGGUGUCCUGCGGCAUUGAGACACUAGAACAACGCAGCAUUGUGGGUAUGAAGCUCAGUCAUGUAGAUGCCACCAUCCAAUCAAUGCUGCCUUCUACAGCCCAACCCAGACACCUGCCAGCUUCUACUGGAGGCGUGUGUACACUUCCCUUGCGGGAAGAAGAGAAACUGUACUCCCUAGAGAUCCUUUGUGCUGACCAAUGUGAUGGUAUGAACUUAAAUAAUUGGACUGAAAAACAAAAACUAAAAAUAGAACAAAAUUUUUACCGCGGGAGAAAAAUCAUGUGGGAAAACUUGUGGCUUGCUGAUAAAAAACUCUGUGGGGAUAUCAUUGAACGUGAAGCAUGCACGGAGGCAAGCAAACUUUUGGAUGGCAUUUUACGAGGAUGUGGACAAAAUUAUUCUGUAGCUAAACUAAAGAUAUUUCACCAUCCUGGGAGUGGUGGAAGCACAAUAGCAAGGCAAGUUCUAUGGAAAAACAGAAAGCGUUUUAGAUGUGCUGUUAUCAAGACCUCACAUUCACCUUCAAUUGUUUGUAAGCAUGUGCUCGCCCUCAGAGACUAUGAAGAAAGGGAGAUCACUCACUGUUUUCCUGUGCUGCUCCUGAUUGAAGAUUAUGAGGACGAGUACUUUGAAGAACUACAGAUUGAUUUAAUGAAGGCUUUAGAAACCAGGAAAAUGAAUACCUGCAAGCCUUACUUCAUCCUCAUAUGCUGCAGACGAUACAAUAACCCUGAAAGGCUUUGCAAGGCUUCGCCACUGGACACAGUUGCUGUCACUCACAAUAUGACAGAAUCGGAAAACAAUCUGUUCAACAAUAAACUUAAAAAACUGCAGCAGAAAUAUGCCAAGCCAGAAUUCAUACUUAUGUUUGUGCUGAUGAUUGAUGAGUUCAAUACUGAGCUUAUGAAAUAUCUCACCACAGAUUACAUUCCUGAAGAAGCAAAAAGAACAUUAGGAAGGCUUCACUCCCGCUUACAACGCUUGCUCCAAAACCUGUACAUCGCUAUGGAAUGGAUUCCAAGAGAACUAAAAUUCCAAACAAAUAAAACCCAAGAGAAGGAUGAUGAAAAUGAUGAUAAGGCAGAACUAAUUUAUAAUCCCAAAAAAUGGCUGAGAAGACAGUCAGCAGGAUACUCUAAAUUCUUCACCUCAGCAUUACUUAUGGCUGACAGCAGCAAUGGUUCUGACACCAUGAGAUGCAUGAUUAUUUACUGAAGUGGUGGAGGAAAUGUUACCAAUAUCCUGUCAUUCUUAACAGAUAAGAAAGAGAACAGGUCACUUGAAAAGCUAGAAAGGAUCUUUAGUUUCUGUUUGGAAAAACCACUAAGAAACAGUCUGGACGACAAUGAUUUGAUUCAUUUUAUUUUACGCCACAUCACAUUAGCCUGCUUAGCACCAGGAUCAGCCAGACUCUUUCCACUGCCAACUCUUCGUGAGCUCAGUCUAAGAUUCAUCAAAGAAAAAAGACAAUUUCCAGCAAGUGCCUUUUUUUUGCUCACCUUGCUAUACUGGCCAGAUGAGGCAUUAGACAAAGAGCCUAAUGCCGAAAAAGAUGAAAUUUUAACUUCAGCCCUUCAAACCCUGAAAUGUUUAUAUGACAUUAAAAUGAAAGAUGUUCCUACCAGAAAGAUAAAACUACACCCCUCUUUUUUUUUGGGAAAAGGUUAUGGCUUAAGUAAGAUUGUGCACAAAAUGCAAAUUGAUGGUGGGUCCUUGGAUGAGAAGAGAAUGAAGUGGCUGCAUGGAACUGUAUGGAAUAUUUCCAUAAUUUGUGAUAAUCUCAAAAGAGUUUCUGGCUGGACCAAGGACAGAAAUUUAUUUAUACGUGGUCACGUGAAGGAGCUCCGUAUCUUGCCACUCCAUCCUGAAUCAGCGCCUGCUGGAAAUGAAAAUGUGACCUUUUAUUUAGGCUUUUCAUUUAGUGGCCUUGUUGCUUUCAAUAUUGAGGUUGGAAACGAUCCAGCCAUCAGAAGAAUGUAAGAUAUGUAGUACAGUACUGUAUGCACAUGCUCUAGAGGGUACUGCAUUGGAAGUGUCCAGUCUAACAUUCAAAACUGAUAGUGGACCGCUCUGGGUAACUACCAGGCAAUAAGAAAAUCAGAAUCAACAACUAUAAUAGUGACCAAAUAACUAAAAUAUUUUGAAAUUAGUAAAGUGAACUUUGAGCCAAGCCUUUGAUAGUUUUGGAAUGACAGAAAGCAAGAUUUCAAACCAAAGACAGCAAUCAAUCCCUUUCUUCUUACUCUGUAGAUAAGGAUUUGAAAUUAAUUUCUGGGUAGUCUUAAUCAGUAAGAGAAUCUAGUGUAACUACAUUUUGCUUCCUGAAUCAGCAACAGAAAAGUCAACUCACAUAACGUACACUGCUCUCCAACAUGCACCAUAUAUGAAAUUAUUACCAACUGCAAAGCCACCAUCAGUAUGGAAGCAAUUUUAAAGCUGACUUUGCAGUAAGGACUGAUAAAACCCAGGUGUCAAAAUCUGCCUAACUCCUACACUGUUUCUGUCCUAGGUUACAAUGUAAAAAUAAGCCCAAAAGUACGUAUUCUAUCACCAUCUGCUGACACCAGGUGAGGCAGUGAUUAUCUCUCUGGGAUAUAUCCUCUAAUGGGCCGUGAAAAAAACAUUUUCUUUCUCUUUCCCAUGACCUAUCUGUCCCCCAGGAAGAUACCUGCUGUGAAUGGGCCAUUGAGUCCCACUGCAUGACUGAUAAAAUUACAUCAUCCCAUUGGGAGAUGCUCCACCCAGGGGGAGGAGCCAAACAUUUCCUACCUAGAUAAAAACUGAGAUUUGGAACACCUAGGCAGCCCUUACUCACUGGUUUCCAGAAGACAAGAGCUACCAGACCUUUCUACAGGAUCACUAAUUCAACAAGACCACUUCAUCUAGACUACUACCACCACCUUAACUAGCGGGGUGUCAGGCUGUAUUCUGACUAUGUCAGUGGCUUUUCUUUUGUACUAUUACACGUAUUUUUUCUAUUUUCCUAUUAAAUUGUAUUUCUGA